UAUAUGGUGGUAACUUUGUUCACAGGUUAAAAGAAAUGGGCUCAAUCAGAAUCAGGCAACUAAUUCUCACUGCCAUAAUCUUGGCCUUAAACUUGAUACAAAUUACAUCCCUACCAAUCUUGUCCACCACUUCACAAUCAGGCCGUUUUUUGGCGGAAAAAAGUACUAACGUUUCGGACGAUACCGUUAGAGUAGACCCUUUGGAUAGUUUCAAGAAAUACAGAGGAGGUUAUGAUAUUACAAACAAACAUUAUUGGGCUUCGACCGCUUACACCGGCAUACCUGGAUACGCAAUUGCAGUACUAUGGCUACUAUGCGGUCUCGUAUACGGAGGAUUUCUUCUCGUAAAAAGACUUUGUUGUAAUAUCAGCAGAAGAAAACUCAAGAAAAAAUCACCCUGUCAUAAUCAAUGUUAUCUGAAGCCUCUUCUUUUCGCCGUUUUUCUUACAAUUCUUGCAAUAACAGCAACCGGCCUGGUUCUUGGAGGGAAUGCGAAGUUCCAUACGAGGGCGAAAACGGUAAUAGACAUAAUAAUCGACACGGCGGACGAGGCUUCAGACACGAUAUACAAGACAACCGGAGCCAUGAAAGAAAUGAGCAUCAGUUUACGAGAUGCUGAUGGAAGUACCGAGGCUACUAGAUUCUUAACUUCAACUUCCCUCACGCUCGAUUCUCAGGCUGCCGAUAUAGCCAAACAAGCUUCCAAAAAUCGGCGCCUCAUCGAUAAAGGCUUCAAGAUAGUGUAUAUAAUAACAACGUUGACGAUUUCGUUAACGCUCGUGUCUGUGAUUGCUCUACUAGUCUUAGGUGUCCUAAAAUUUCAGAGGAUUGUUCAAAUACUAAUUGGAGUUUGCUGGAUUUUAACUGCUCUCUGCUGGUUGUUCUUCGGGAUUUAUUUCUUCCUACAAAACUUUGCCGGAGAUACCUGCACGGCACUUAAAAGCUUCCAGAAAGAUCCAUACAACAACAGCUUGAGUUCCAUUCUACCAUGCGACGAAUUGCUUUCCUCAAAAUCAGUCCUCAACGACAUUAGUGUAGGAAUAUACGACUUAGUCAACGAGGUACGAUUAUAUGUCGUCUUAACUCAUCGUUAAUUAUUCCAUUUUUCUCGUAUGUUCUAUUCAAGCUCA